AUGUCACUGUGGAACCCUGUGAGAAGUGGUGAUAUGCUGCAGCCAACUCAGCUUCAUCAUUCUUUGCUGCUGCUCCUCCCCCUCGGCGGCCGUUUGGCUCCUAGAGACACCUCCUGGAGAGCCUGCGAUUUCUUCCUUGGACAGCAGAGGAUCAUUAUUUUCUCAGCUGUGCUGAGGCAGAGGACAGAAUAUCCUGAAUGUAAAGAAUGCAGAUCCAAACAGAACUUGGAACCCAGUAACCAGGCACCCCCACUUAGCAAUGACCUCCUCCCCAUCUCAUUUGGUGAAAUUCAUUUGCCCCAGAAGACAUGCUUUCCUGUUUCCUGUGUGGAAGUCGAGGAGAGCCUCUCUGGAGUUACUGCUUCAAGUGGGGGAAGUAGCAUAUGGCCCACACGUGACAGCCCUGGCGAAGUUUACCCAGGACACACUGUCACCGUUCUCAUCCACCACCAGUGGAUUUGGAGUAUGAACUCCAUUGAAACUCAAGAAGAGCCAGGGCCAGGCACAGCUGGCAAGGAGUUGGGCCUCAGGGAAAACUCUAUGGACAGCCUGCUGCACACCCUUGAGUCAGACUUCCUCUGUGACUUGCCCUCCUCCAUGUCUACCAUGUUGAGUUCUACCACCCAACAGGAGCUUGAACUGAUGUUGGAAAGCCAGGUCACAAUGACAGGCCCUGACAUGGAGGACCAAGGCCCCAGGGUCCCAGACUUGAGAGAAAACCCAGAGCUCAUGGAGGAAUAGGCCAAAGCUACAGGCCCACCUCCUGUGCUUGUGGAAACUCCACUUCAAUUUCAACCACCUCCACCACCUGAGAGAGAGCUGGGCCUGGAAACACCCACUAUGGCCCAUCCAGGCCAACACCUCCUGCUGGCCUGUCAGCUGGCACUGGGUACUGAGACCAGCCCAGAGCCUCCGUUCCUCUCCCCUGUCCUUUCUUUAUUCUGUGUUUAUUUAUUUGUGUAUAUCUAGCUUCUUGUAAAAUUAAAAUAUUUUCU